GAGGAAAUGGUAAAAGAUUGCUAAUUCUACUCUGCUCGUGACUAUAUCUCUAUGUGUUCGAUCGACCAGAGAACAAACAAAGCAUUAACAUUUACAGAAAAGUAAGCAAAACCCACUAAAGACUGAGCAGUGAAGAAGGUGGUACAGGUAUAGCUAUGGUGGAGCUGGAGCUGAAGAAGAAGAAAAGCAACGACAACAAUGGUGGAACAGUGAAAGGAAUAGUGACUGUGAAUCCUAAGCCCAACAAAGGGUUGACCUCAAAACUCAUCGACUGGUUUGAGAGUGUGGUAGUGAAGCUUAUGUACGACUCUUCACAGCAUCAACACUAUCUCUCCGGUAACUUCACUUCGGUUCCUGAAACGCCUCCCACCAAGGACCUCCCAGUGAUGGGUUACCUUCCUGAAUGUUUAAAUGGAGAGUUUGUUCGAGUGGGUUCAAAUUCCAAGUUCUCUCCAGUCGCUGGAUAUCACUGGUUUGAUGGAGAUGGCAUGGUUCAUGGUGUGCGCAUCAAAGAUGGAAAAGCAACAUAUGUUUCCCGUUAUGUUAAAACAUCACGUCUUAAACAAGAAGAAUAUUUUGGAGGUGCUAAGUUUUUGAAGGUUGGAGACCUUAAAGGGCUUUUCGGACUAUUCAUGUUUAGCAUGCAGAUACUGAGAGACAAAUUCAAAGUGUUAGAUCUUUCUUACGGAAAUGGAACAGCUAAUACAGCUCUUAUUUAUCACCAUGGGAAACUUUUAGUACUUCAGGAGGCAGACAAACCUUAUGUCCUUAAAGUCUUGGAAGAUGGGGAUUUGCAAACACUUGGCAUGCUGGAUUAUGACAAGAGAUUGGCACAUACAUUCACAGCUCAUCCUAAGGUUGACCACUUUACUGGUGAAAUGUUUACAUUUGGUUAUUCGCUCUCUCCUCCGUAUGUCACAUACAGAGUUAUUUCGAAGGAUGGUUUCAUGCACGAUCAAGUACCAAUAACAAUAUCAGACCCCAUCAUGAUGCAUGACUUUGCCAUUACUGAAAAUUAUGCUAUUUUCAUGGAUCUUCCUCUGUUUUUCAGACCGAAGGAAAUGGUGAUGGAAAACAAGCUUGCAUUGUCAUUUGAUGCAACCAAAAAAGCUCGGUUUGGUGUGCUUCCACGGUAUGCAAAGGAUGAGCUUCUAAUCAAGUGGUUUGAUCUUCCAAACUGUUACAUAUUCCAUAAUGCCAAUGCAUGGGAGGAGGAAGACGAAGUUGUUCUGAUCACCUGUCGCCUUGACAAUAUAGAUAUGAAUAUGAUCAGUGGGGCAAUCGAAGAAAAGCUUGAACAUUUCAGAACUGAGCUGUAUGAAUUGAGAUUCAACUUGAAAACUGGUUUAGCCUCCCAGCGUAAACUCUCAGCAUCAACUGUAGAAUUUCCUAGGAUAAAUGAGAGCCACACUACCAGGAAGCAGAGAUAUGUGUAUGGAACCAGAAUGGACAGCAUUGCAAAAAUCUCAGGAAUCGUCAAAUUUGAUCUGCAUGCUGAACCAGAGAGCGGCAAAACAUGCCUUGAGGUUGGUGGGAAUGUUCAGGGCCUUUAUGACCUUGGACCUGGUCGAUUUGGUUCCGAGGCUAUAUUUGUCCCCAAAGUUCCUGGAGUCAACUCUGAAGAAGAUGAUGGCUACCUAAUAUUCUUUGUUCAUGAUGAGAACUCUGGAAAAUCAGAAGCACAUGUGAUCGAUGCGAAAACAAUGUCAGCAGAUCCGAUUGCGGUUAUUCAUUUGCCUAGCAGAGUUCCAUAUGGAUUUCAUGCCUUCUUUGUCACUGAGGAACAACUACAAGAACAAGCAGAGCUCUGAAUUGUAAACUUUUACCAUAAAAUCUGUAAGUGGAGGAGGCUAGCUAAAGCGCUUACGCUUUUACUCUUUCCCGAAUAAAUAAUCUUUUUUCGCAUUGUAAUGACAAUAAUUUGUUCCUUGUCCCUUAAAUUACAAGCUAUCUCUUUCAAUGUUGU